UGACUCACAUCGUCAAUGACCAUAUUUGGGGCGUCCUUUGCUUCUUUAUUGUAUGCAAGGGAACUCACUCUGGAUUCUCUGGAAAGGCGUGCCAAAGAAGUUGCACAUAAACAAAAAAAAUAAUUCUUGAUUUCUAAGGCUCUUUUAAAUUAUAGACAAGAUGGCGUCCGGUGUAAAAGUUGCCGACGAUACUGUCGAGCUCUACAAAGCUAUGAAACUUCGCAAAACCAACAACAGAUACUUGAUUAUGUACAUUGAUCAGUCUGACGGCUUAAUCAAAGUAGAGUAUACAAAGGAAAGAGAUGGUAGCAUUUCCCAGGAAGAAGAAUUUAAAGAAUUUCUUGAUCGAUUGCCUUCAGAUGUAGGUCGUUACUGUAUUGUAGAUUUGACCAUUCCACAGAAAAACGGAGCAUUAAAAGAUAUCAUGUUUCUAAUUACAUGGUGCCCCAGUGGUGCUACAACCAAGUCUCACAUUAUGUACACCACGUCAAAGAAAGCGCUGACAGAUAAAAUUCGUGAGGGCAUGACCGACAUCCAAGCCAAUGACUUGUCAGACCUGGACUACCGUGACCUUCUAGACAGAGGAUGCAAGUAGACAUGAAUAUAUACCCCCCCGCCCACUUAAGAUCUGAAGAAGCUUUGUUAGUUCACCAUUAACAUGCUCAUGUUAGACAGGCUCAUUUUGCACACACAAAAAUAAUAUGUAUGAGCCUUGUUCAUGUAACAUAAUUUUUUUUUUUAUACCCAAUGUGGACUUUGUUCUAUGUUGUCCUAAAAGAAAAUGUUUGUUUUUAUUUGUGUUUUUAAUUUUGUUGGUGCAGGGCACCACAAAUUUAUAUAUGUUAUUUUUUUUUACUUAUGGUAACAGUAUGUCUCUAGAAGCAUAUUUGUAAUUGUGUUUUCAAUUCAGUGCAGUGUAUUUCACUUUAGGUUUUAUUUUUUCCUGGGAUAUUGACUUCUCCUGUAUACUAGUGUGUCUACAUAAUUUAUGUCUAUUAAUGAAGACAAAAAAAAGCAUUUUUUUUGCAAGUGCCAUUAAAACUGUAAUUUCAAAAUAAGGCUGGGUUCUUGUUUUGAAAUGGAAACUAUACAAAAAAAAAACAAUUGGAUUUGCUCAAAUGAAAUUGUUCUAUGAUUUAGAUUAGAUUUUGAUGAAUUUUUUUUUUUAGUGUGGCCCACAAGGUGCCUUAUUCAGACCAUUUAUUUGCACUAAGUAAAUUCAAUUUAUGUAGCUGUUUAAGUAUGUGCCUCCUGUAUUUACGUUGAGUUUUUUCUUCUUAUUGCUUUGUAUGUGUUUUUUUUUUUUAUAUUUUAUGUACUGUCUCUUUUAUAUUUUUUAAGCAGUUGUUAGGAUACUACUUUGUAUGUCUCCCGGAUACCUAGCAUAACAAAGAAAUUUUAUCCUUAAAUUUCUAUCUAAUUUAGCUUAGUUUUUGCAAUGUACUAGGUUUACAAUUCUAGCCAAAUGAUGUUUUGUUUGGAGAAUUAACAAAUGAUCACAAUUUAAACUGCUAGAGAAUAAACAAGCAUACAAUGUAAAACUCAUCAUAGUCUAACCUGCCAUUGACUCUCCGUUUUAUAUUUUUUUGGUGGGGGGAUGAUACUAUAAUUUUGUAUGUGUUACAAACCAUUUCGGCAAAAACAAAAAUAAUUGUCUUUUUCAUCCCAUUCAUGUCAUGUCAUGUCACCUCUUCCUGUAAAACUAAUCAGUGGUUUUUUUUUUAUAUGUGACAUGAGACAUUCAAAGCCUGUUUUUUUUUCCUUCAAAAUACAUUUAUGUUCAUCUAUUUUUUUUUAAAGCUAUUAUGUAAACAAAGCACACUUGCAUAAAGCCAUCUAUACUCCUGUUAUUCUUUUUUGACUUAGAAAACUAAUAGAUGUAUCAUUAUGUGCACAAAUGUAAUUACUAAAGGACCCUUUUUAUACCGUACCAUUGUUAUUCAAUGUUGAUUUGUUUUUGGAUUGAAGCCAUUGCCAGUAUGUUUUGAUUUUGUUGUAAAAAAAAAAAAAUGUCAUCUUUUGUAAUGUUUAUGAAUGAGGCCAUAAUUUAAAAACACAAACUUACACUUCUGGGUGACAAAACCACUUUAGCAUGAUGAAAUUUAUACAGUGUUUCUUUUUUUAACUGAUACACACUGUUUUACUAACUCUAUAAACUUACAUUUUUACAUUGUUUUUAAUGUGAAUUGCGUCCCUUGCAUUGAGAAGGAAUAUUUCCAAAACACACGUAAUGCUAGAAUAUCCAGGGACUCUUUUUUUCUUCAGGUUUAUGGUGUAAACCAUAGGUAGCAUAAGUUUUUACUUACAUAUCUUGAAUUCAAAAUGAAUGGAAAAAAAAACAUUUUAGCAAAAAUGUUAUACAGUAUCUAAAGCCUUUUAAAAGUUAAGACUAAUUAUUUUAUAGGCUAAGGUUUAAAAUAUAUAUGUAUUUAUAUAUUUACAUACUAUAAUUAUAUAUAAUAAUAUUAUUGGCACUGACAUUUUAAAACUGGUGUUGCCAUAUAUAUGUUAGCUUUUGGGUUUUUUUUUUUGUUGUUGAAUUGUCUCCCUUCAUUUUCUAAGCCUUUAUUGACCACCCCAAAUCCAGUCUCAAAGCUGCACAUAAUUGGUCUUAGUGUAAUCCAAUGUUUGGGCUCAAAGAUAGAGAAAAAAAAAAGAACAAUGGUGAAAUUGUAAAGGCAUAUGUAAAGUUUUUUCUUCAUUCCAAUUUACAUUUUACUACAAAAUUAGUUCAUUGUUUGUUUGUUUUCAGUGUAGUUAGAAGUAGUUGACUCUAAGAAAGCUUUGCUAUGGGAAUGAUAUUCAUUCCUUGAAUGUAUUUAUCUUCAGGUAACACAACCUGUAUAACAUUGGUUUUAUUAGGUAGCCAUAAAGUAUGCUUUUAUAUUCUAGCUUAUUUAAAAUAGUCUAAAGAAAGUUUUUGUUUUGAUCUGCUUGUUUAUUUUGUACUGGCUUAUCCUGAAUAAUCAUAAGGAAUGCUUUUGUUUCUACUUUGCUUGUUUAUUUUUUUUACUUUUUAAGUUUCUGAAGUGGGCCACAAUAGAAGAGAGGUCAGAUACACAACUCAUUACUCAACCUAGUAGUUAGCACAUUAAUGUGAAAUGAUUUUAUCUCCUGGUCUUGAUUUAGACUUAGAUCCUUCCCUGCAUUGGGCCGCAUGCUGUCUCUAUAGAAAUCUGUCACCAGCAAUGUUUUCUGCAUCUUUCCAACUGUUCUCCACUAUCCGAGGUCCUCCAUGAAGUCGCAAGUUAUAGGAGGACAUCCCUGAAUGUGUUUUUCUUGAAGAGUGGCCUCCAUAUUAUUGCUAUCCUUGGGAUUUGUGAUUAGUUCUAUUGGAGGGAGCACAUGACCAGUAAACUUCAUGUGCUCUUUAUUUACUUUAAGUAAAUAUCGAAAUUAAAAUAAAACAUUAUUCAAAUAGUUUUAGACCUGAUGCAAGACAUUAGACAUAGCUGUAGACCUCUAAUGCAAGACCAGGUUUCUUUCUUUACUAUAAGAUUUCUGCUCGCAUGCAUGUCAUUGUUUGUAUUUAAAAACACUUCAUUUUCUACUGCAAGGAAAGUCUAAACUCUCAUGACAACUGCAUGAUUAUGUUAGGUUUAUGUCAACCUGAGUUUUGUUUGUUUGUGUGUGUGCCUCUGCAAAAAAAAAUAAAAAAUUUGCCAAACUC